AUGCCUUUCCGCACUCCAUCACCAUCUUCUUCUCAUUCACAAUGCGGAAAUCCAUCAACUUCUUCUCCUCCUUCAACUUCUCAAUCUCAGCCCCAAAAUCAUCAGAAACUUUCCACAUCAACAAGUCCAGCCGGUUCGACGCGAAGCACAAAAACUGUCACAUCCGAAUCCGAACAUAAUACACAUUUGGCUUCGAGUUCUGAAAAAUCAACGGGAUUUUCGAUUGGAAGAUUGAAGAUUUUUCGAAGUCAAAGUAGUAAACGAGGUAAUGAGUUUGAAAGUCCAAAAAAAUCGCAUUGCACACAUUUUUCAAGCAAAAACCUACAACCACUUGUGUUUUCAAUAAAAAUUCAUCUAUUUUUUUUUGAGAUUCGGUCGAUUCUGGUCGUAGUGAUGAUGCUGGUCGUUCUCCGGCCACAAGUCGCCCAACAUCUCCACAACCAAAAUCACCUCAACGUAGCCGAAGUCGUCGAUUAGCCGGUUUUGCGAGUCGAUCAAUUCGAAAAAGUCAAUGGCGUCUUUUCAAACAUCGCACAUUUUUUGGAUCAAUUCAACGUGGAAGUGUGAAGAAUAAAAAUCAGUUGUGAGUGUUUUUCUAUUUCAGCUGACAAAAAGAGUAGACAACAAUUCUUGAAAUUUAGUAUUUUUCAUUUUUCUUUUUCUUAUUAUUCAACUUUUAUUUCCGUUCAAAUUCAUUCGAGCUGAACAAAAAAGACAUUUCCCCCCGCCUCUACUCAUUAUUCUGAAAUUUCUGAAAAUUUGAGUGUAUGCGUGGUGUUUUUUGCUGCUGUUGAGAAAAUGUGUUUUUUGUAUUCUACUACAAAUUUUCAGCGCUGACGCUUUGCUGCCACUCGAAAUUUCCGACGUAAAAACCUUUUUUCCAGAUCGAAAUUUCUAAUAUUUUUUCUGCUAGAAACAUCUUGAAAUUGCGUUUUUUUUCAAAAUUCAACGUGGUAAAAUUUGAGAUGCCACGUGAAUUUUCUAUUGAAAAACCAGCUGCUACAGUGAAACUAUAUCCGGAGGUUCUGUAACCUGGCUAGCCACGGAAUCUUGCGAGACACUUUCAGUGUACUGUAGUUAAUACACGGUAUCUCACAUGCUUCUGAAUCAAAUGUGAAAAUUUAUAAUUUUUUCCACGUGGCAUUACUAUCUGCUAUAGAAAAACAAAUAGUUUUUUGUAUUCAGUUGGAAACUACAAUUUUUUGAGCUGACGUUUCGAGCACGCGCCGCCCUCCCAUAUAAUUUUUCCCAAAUUUUUCCAAAAAAGUUCCGCCCAUUUGCAUUUUUUCCUUCUUCCAGGCAGCCCCCAAAAUUAACACUUCGACAUCCAUCGGUUGACAGUGCUGCAAUUAUGCCGUUAGAUUUGAGUGAUGAUGGUAGAAAGAAUUCGCAACACGGAUUCUUGCAAAUCAGAAAAUCGAAUCAACGUAGAUGGACUGAAACGGAUACGGUAGGCGAAUUUUGGUGGAGGAUUUUUGCUUUGAAAAAAGUUAUCAGAAGUUAUCUCAAAUCUCCAAACGUUCUAUUCAUCCCAAUAAAAUAUUUGAAUAAUCGUAAUUUAUUUUUAAAUAAAUUUUGAUAGUGAGAACAGAAAAAAUCUCAGAAUAUCGUUAUUUUUCUGAAUUUUUUUUCAAAAUUCUAGAAUAUUAUUGAUUUCUUGAUUCUGAAAAUUUAUUUUAGUUCCUAACCAAUAAUUUGUUUUCCCAGACAAUUUUGAUAUAAAAAUUUCUCGGAAAAAUUAUCAGCAAUUGUGAUUUUGAAUUUUUUUACACUUCUAAAACUAUCCUGAUAAUUGGUUUUCUCAGACAAUUUUCUUCAAACCCAGACCAUAUAAAAACUCACUGAAAAUUAUACGUUUCCAAAAUUCAAUUAGUUUUCGUGGUGAGCUUUGUGACCAAUUGUUUUUCACGAUUUCAGGGCGAUGUUCAAAAUUCUUUCAAAAGUUAAUAGAUGAGAAAACUUGAGUACCUCAAAUUUCAGAACUCUUUUUUUUUGUUUUCAAAGCUUUCUCCUUUUUUUGCUGUCCAUAUAAAUUGUUCUCUCAUUUUUCUCCUUUUUUCUUCUUCUUCUUCAUUUUUUCCAUCCGGUUUUAUUGGAUUUUUCAAAAAAACUUUUUUUUUCAAUUCUCCUUUUUUUUUGAAUAAAAUAAAAAUGAAAAUCUGGGGGAUUAUCUUUUUUAUUUAUUAGUAUACAGGGAUUAUUCUGAUUUUUUUCUGAAAAUGAAAAAAAAGUUUGGACUGCUGAAAUCCCACAUGGCAAUUUUCAAAAAACAAUCCUCUAGUUAGUUUUUUUAUUAAUUGUCAUAGAAGGAUUUUUCUGAUUAUUCUCAAAAAAAUUGGGCUGAAAUUCACCCAUGGGAACCCUUUUCCAAUUUUGUCUAGAAGAAGAAGCUCAAACAAAUUUGUGUUUUUUUCAACAGAACAGGGAAAAAAACAAAAACAAAACAAAACAACCCGAAAAAUUGAAGUAACUCGAUACUUUUUGCCAUUCUUUUUUUGUCGGCCCUUCACUUUAGCUAACCACUUUUUGAUGAAACUUGAAAUUUCCAAGUUUUUGCAUAACUCAAAAUUAUGACGUGGUUUGAUUUGAAUCUCUUGGAAAAUGAGAAUAAAACAACGGAAAUUCCUAAUUUUCAGUGCUGAGUUCGAAAAUUUCACGUCAUAGUUUUUUGCAAAUGAGAUGAAUCUCGUGAUCAAGUGGUGUUGAAGUUCCAAAUCUCGACACGAAAAAAAACUUUUUUGCUUUUUGAAAAAUCAAAUUAUUUCAAAUAAAAAUUCCCAACUGCCACGUGGAUUUGAGAAGUUCGUGUUUUUCUUCUAAUGAAAUCUACAAUUUUCAAACCUAAUUUAUAGAAAACUAUACAUAUAAAAUACAUCUGAAGUUUCUCCAUGACAGUUUCAAAUUUCCACGUGGAAUUCAUUUUAAUGACGUUUUUUAAUUAAAAAAAUAUGCCACGUGAAAUAAUUUUCAAUAUACAGAAACCCCAAAUUUCCAGCUAAAAUAUGCGAUUCUCCCAAAUUUCGUCUUUAUUUUUUGAGGGGAAUUUGGAUUUUCUCAAAUUUUCUGGAAUGUACUCAGGGUUUUUCUUAUAAAGAAGCUUAUCAGAAACACCCCUUUCUUGAGAAAUCCUCUAAUCCUUUUCUUGUAUGUAUCUCUCUUCUAUUAAGAUUAAUUUCCGCCUCCGAAUUCUCUGCGCGGAAAAAACUAAGCCGAGCCAAUUAUCAGGUCAAACAAUGCUCGGAUUUGAUAGAUAUUUCCGCCCCUUCUCAAAAAAAAUCAUGUAUAUAUGGAUAUAUAUAUUCAGUCUCUACAUUUACAUCUAUAUUCAUCUUGUUUUUUUUUGUCAUGCCGUGUGCUCUCCUUUUCUUUUUUCUCCUUUUGUUUUUUCAUUCAUUCAUUCGAGGGGGUCCUUUUCGCUGCUUUUUUCGCGCUUCUACUAACACAUUGCGGGCGCGAACCAUAGAAAUAUUCUUUUUUUUUUCGUUGGUUGCUUUUUUCGAAAAAAAAUGAGAGAGAAAGCUUAUUAUUAUUAUUCUGAAUAACAUGAUGCUUGUGUUCUUGUUGUUUUUUCCCCUUUUUUCAUUUUUUUGGUCGGUGUCUGGGUUUUGCCAAAUUCGCACAAAUAGAUCUGACUUUAAAGUUCGCUCAAUUUUUUUCUUGAAAAAUUAUACCGGAAUUUCAGUCUAGAAAGAAAGAAGCCUUCCUUCUUAGAAUUUUCUGGGAGAAAAUGUUGAAAAUAUUACAGAAUGUUCGCUUAGGCUAUGGAAAAUUCAAAAAUUCACCAAAACCUUCGCACUUCUUUCUGUCAAAAAUGAAAUCCGACCUUAUCCAACUGCUUCCAGAAAAUGGAAGCCAUAUUGCAGAUCUGCCUCUGCUGCCAUUUUUGUCAAUUCCAAAAAAACAUUAAGAUUUCGCUACGUCGUUACCAUCUUUUUUUUUAAGGUUGGCCACACUUGAAUCAUGAAAUAGAAAAAUCUGUGCCAAACGUCAAGUUGGCACGUCAUAACAAACCCCUCUCUUAUUUUUCAAAAGAAAAAGUUUUUUCGAAAGAAAAAAGUCAUAAAUAUAAUUAUUUAAUGAAUGACUGCCACGAGCGCACAAAAGUUAAUCUAACCAAUUAAAAACUGGCGGGGUCGAGCAACAAAAAAACGAGAUAAACACAAAAAUAUCUCUCUUCCAGUGGCUUGAAAAUGGAGACUCGAAAAGAUAAUUGAAUUUUUUGCUGUGCUGUGUGCCUCCUCACCCACCACCAAACUCCACCCACCCAGAAAAAGUACUUGGAAAGGAUAAUAAUAACCCCAACUUUUUUCUGCCACUUUUUCGUGUGGCUUUUGCCUCCAAUAUUCUAAUAUCUAUCUAUAUAUAUAAAAUAAUAAUCCCAAGAAGAAGCCGCGCAAGAAGAAGAAGACAGCUGAAAAUUUUCGUGUGUGUCUGAAAUUUUUGUGUGUCGCGCACGCCUAUUCGAUUUUUCUUCUCGCCGCAGCCACUAAUCCAUGUCUCGUUUUAUUCCUCUAUUAUUUGUAUUUCAAUAAAAAUCAUCAUUCUCAAUGAUGUUUAGGUUUCGUAGAAAAAAGGUUAAUUUUUAAAAUUAAUAUCAGCUCAAAAGAUCUGGAAUCGGACCAGAUUUAUAGAUUGUAGAAAAAGGACCAACAAAAAAAUUAGGUCAGAUAUUAGAAAUCCAAACAUCUGAAUCAAUUUUUUUGGACCUGGUAUAGAUAUUUGAUGGCCCGAUUUCUUCAAUAAAAUUAUUCCAUUUCGAAGUCCUGAAAAUCAGAUUUUCAAAAUUUUUAAAACCCGAUUUCCAAUUUUGCAGGGUCGACUUCGCGACUCGCGCGACUCAUCUGAUUUUCACGACUCGUCUCACGAUACACUGGAUGUGGGAGGAGGCGGAAGUAGCAAUGUUGGUGGAAGUUGUGGCGGUGGAAGUUGUGGAGUUGGUGUAGAACAAUCGAUGACUGCACCAGUUUCGCCGAAUGUGCCGUUGAGUGCAAGCAGGUGAGAUUUGGGGGGGGGGGAAUUGAGAACCACGUCAUUGAAACAACAAAAAAUCAGGUGUUCUAAAGUUUUCAGAAAAGGCGAGUUCGGUUUGAGAAGGUUCGAGAGCCUUGGGGGCCCUUUUUUAAAAUAGAAAGUAAAGAAAUUAACCAAUCCAAAACCAUUUCUUGUUUUUAAAUUUUUCAAAUUCCUGGAAGUUUUUUCAUUCCUCUUUUUUUUCGCGUGGGUGGAUUCAAGAAGAUUAACUUCUUAUACCACAUCAUUUCAGUUUUUCAUCCCAAAAGCCUUUUCAAGCAAAUCACAUGUUCUUUUCCAGUAGUCACUCGGACGGCUGGAAAUAUUCGUCGCAAAAACUGCUAUGGAAAUUGAAGCCGAAAUAUAUGAAUUUCUCGCACGCGAGUUCCACGUCAUCAUCCACCGAUUCCGCGUGGAAAUCAUUAGAUAGUAUGACGUGGAGAUCAUUAGAAGGAAUGGAAUUGGUGCUACGUGGAACACGUCUUGAAAACUUAUCGGAAAUUGAGAGAAGCGCACUUCAAAUUGUGGCCGCACAGCGACUCACCAAAUUAUUGCCAGGUGUGAAUUUUGGAAAACCCAAGGAUCAUUUAUCGGCUUUACGACAAAAACGACAGAAACUUGUGAAAGCAAAUCGUGCGCCAACAGUUGCCGAUGUUCAACGACGAGCUUCUGGAACACCGUGUCCACCGGAAGAUAAACGUGUUUUCGGAGUGUCGUUGGCAAUGUGUAUGUUGAAUGAGAAACGAUUGGAUUUGGAGAGUCGAUGUAGAUCACUUGAUGAUUCAACAGUAUUGCUCCAAAAUUCAAAUCUGAUGCGAAAUGGUAAAAUGAUUGCGAAGCCAGUAAAAUCAGAAUCCGAAAUAAUGUGGAAUGAUGAUCGAAAAUGGCUAUAUCCAUCGACUCAGAAUUUAUAUCCAUCUUCCACACCAACUUCACCAUCUGCAUUGACUGGAGGAAGUUCUGGAGGUGUUGGAGGAAGUUCUGGUGUGGGUAUUGGUGGAAUUCAAGUAAUCAAUACUGCAACAACUCUAACACCUGAGCCGCUUAUUCAACAACCACAGAUUACGGUAUGCCUUAUGGGAAAAAAGUAAUUAUAGCUGUAGAUCACUAAUUUUUCGAAGUUUAUAGUUUUCAAAUAUGUUGUUAAUUGUAAGAAGCUUCAUUCUGAUAAUUGAUCAAAAAAAUAAGUUACUGAAAUUCAAUUUUCCAGAAUGUUAUCCCAAUAAAACCUACUCAAAAGCUUCAAAAUUACAGAAUCUUGGUUAGAAAAAAUAAUACCAGUAGCUAAAUUUCUCAUCGUCUUUUUAGUUCUGGCCAAAUUUUCAAUCAUACAUUUAUGAAUACUUUGAAACAUAUUUUUGUAGGGUCGAUUCACCAAAAAAACGCGCGCUGCGUCAGCCUCAUUUUCAUGUUCUCUCGAUGCUUCCACUGAUGACAUCGAUCCACACGCUCUACAAGUUCCGAGAAUCGUCGAAAACUGUACACAAUAUUUGAUGACGUAUGGGCUCAAUCAAGUUGGACUUUUUCGUGUUGCCGGAAACACAAAACGCUGUCGACAAUUGAGAAAUGCUCUUGAAAAAGUUGGUGGUGGACACGCUAUUAAUGAUAAUAUGGUAGAAAAUACAACUGCUCAUGACGUGGCAACAUUGCUCAAGGAAUAUUUUCGAGAUUUACCACAAAGUUUACUACCAAAAGAACAUUAUCAGGCGUAUAUCGCUGCGGCAAAGUUAAAUAUCGAAGAUAGAAUUGAAGCCAUCCGACUACUAUUUGCUCUUUUGGUUUCUCCUAACCUGGAUACCUUAUUUGUCCUCUUGAAGUUUCUUCACGAAGUUUCAUGUCAUAGUAAUGAUCGGACUGAUGAAAAUGGUGAAGUGGUAAGAUUUUAUUUUGAAAAAAAUAAAUAAAAUUCAAAGUUUUUCUCAGCUCCACGGAAAUAAAAUGGAUGGGCGAAAUCUGGCAACAAUAUUUGCUCCUUCGAUUCUUCGAGCUGAUCAUGAUAAACUUCACGAACAUUUAGCUGAAAAUGAUCAGCAGUGUACUGUAGUUGAAACAAUGAUCAGUAACGUUGAGGAAAUUUUUAAUGUAAGUUGAACAAAUUUGUAAUGAACAAGUGAACAAAUAUUUUUUAAAGAUUCCACGAGAUCUUCAAUCAAAGAUCUAUAACAAAUUGAAAGAAACCGAACCCGAGAGACUUGAUCGAUUUCUUUAUCAUUUGUCCCGAAUGGAUUCACAUGAUCCAGCCGGACUACUUUCGCCAUUUCCAGUGACACUUGAAGAAGAUGUUACUUCUCCAAGACUUCAUCGAUCCGAUCAUUCACACAUUGGUCGACAAAGUCCGCUGGCCAGAGAGCUGACUACGAAUGGUAAAGUCAAAGUUCAAUCGCAGCGAAGUGGAUCAUGGCCAUUCUCACUUAUCGCAACCACUACACAAACUAGUCCAAAUCGCCCCGAUGGUCCAUCCGAUCAUCAAAGUUCAUCCUCAUCUUCAGCUGGUCAUCAUAAUCAUCCACAACAACAUUUUUUCCCAUCGGAUAGUCUCGAGGGAGCACAGAUCUCAAAAUCUGCAUCGGCAACACCGUCAACUUCGAGACGCGGCGAUUUUUUGCGCGCUGAUUUUGCAGCUGAAAUCGCUGGCGAGCAACAAGCGGCUGAGCCGGGAACUUUUGGAAGUUUGGAGCAAAUUCCGGAGCAGACGAUUCGUGGAAGAGCGGAGACAAUGGCUUCGGCUAUCGGAUUGACGAAAAAGAAAAAAGCACCGCAUGUUGGAAAUAUUGCAGGUGAGAAGGUUUUUAGAGAAUAUGGCAAGAAUAUGGAAAACUAUAAGGAAAACUCACAAUAUUCAUGAAUCCUGUCCAAACUUAAAUUUUUGUAGGUUCCAAGUCAGUCGAUGCACGAUCUCCAUCCCGUGAACGAGUCGACGAUUUCCGUUCUGUCGCCAGAAGUUCUGCUUCAGCCGCACGUCGCCGAAUUCGAAAUGUAAUUCGAGCUUUCCGUUUGUCUUCUGUGGCUCGAAGUUCUCCUGAUAUUGCCACAUAA